GUCAUUUGAGAUUAUCUUGUCAGUACUCGUAUUGACAUUAAAAUAACCUAAAAAUAUUGUCAAUUAUUAUAACCUUAACAACUCAACUUUAAGGAAACAAAGUAAUUAAGUAGAUAUCAUGAUGUGUGAUAAUGCAAUUAAAGUUGGUGAAUAUAUUGUUAUACAAAAACACAACUAUAAAAAGUUACAUAAAUUCAAUAAACCAAAUUCAACUGUAAAUUUAGGAAAAGAUACAAUAAAUUUAAGUGGAAUAGAAGGAUGUCAGUAUUUUUCAAUAUUUAAGAUGAUAACUAAGGGUACAAAAAGGUGUAAAGAAUAUGACUUAGAAUUAUCCAAAGAAGCAGUUAAUUUGGCACAAGAAAUAAGUUUAAAAACAUCAGGCAUUGACAACAGAAAUAUUUACGAUGAUGGCAGAUCACAAAAACUAUCGGCUACUGAAAUUAGUGAACUCAAGAGUGAUUCCACAAGUGCAUCAGAAAUAGUUGAAACUUUAAUAACAAAUUCAAACACAUUUCACAAUAAAACUGAAUUUUCACAAGCUAAAUAUUUAAAAAAGAAAGAAAAGAAAUAUUUUGAAUACAUUCAAAUCUUGAAACCAAAUCUCCGGAAUAUUACUGAAAUAUUAUACAAAUUAGAUCCAAGCAAGGUACAGGGUGUGCGGAUAGAUACUUUGUCCCAAAUUAUGACAUUAUCAAAUAUUAGUAGUGAAGGUAAUCAUUUACUUUAUGAUUCAGGUUCUAAUGGUCUUCUUGCUGCUGCCUUAUUAAGUGCAAUGGGGCCACAAAGUAAUGGGCGAUUGGUACAUAUGCAUCCUGGAAAUAUGUCUCAGAAACAGGCAUUGUUAGCUAUGAACUUUACUUCUGAUCAAUAUAACAAAUGUGUAUCAGUUAAUGUGUAUUCAGUCUUGAGACAAGUGUACCAAGGCUCUGAUACUAAUUCAGCAGAUUACACUGCAAAAAAAAUAACUAACCUGAAAAGAAAAGCACCAGAAAAUAUAGAAUAUGAAAGUAAAUUGCACAAGUUAGAGGAGUUAGGUACCAUUAGUGAUGGCAAUCUAAAUAAGGAACACAGUGACAUUAAGGAAAGGAAUGAAAUGGUGGAAAACAAGGAAGUGAAGGAAAAUAGUGAAGUGAAGGAAAACAAUGAGAUUGAGGAAACAUCACCGAAGAAACCAAAAUGGCACUUUGAUAAUAUAACAGCUUCAGAAAUUUUAUCACAGAAAGUCGACUCUUUAGUAAUAGUAUGUAAAGAAGACCCUCAAAAUAUAUUUAUGGAACUCAUGACUUUUGUGAAGCCUGGACGACCUUUUGUUAUUUAUUACAAUGUAGCUGAACCACUGCAAAAUUUAUAUAUGACACUUAAGUCUUUAAGUAAUAUUGCUGCUUUAAGAUUAACCAACAAUUGGAUGAGGAAUUAUCAGAUUUUACCUGAGAGGACACAUCCAGAAGUGAUGAUGAAUGGUUCAAGUGGGUUUCUUUUAUCUGGAUAUAUUCUGAAAUAGAUUUGGACUCAUUUAAAUAUAAAAAUUAAAUAUUAAACAAUGUAACAAGCUUU